CUCACUAGUCCAUUAGAAGUCAUAAUCUACAUCCAAAUUCACCUGUUUAUUUUUCCUUUUGAAAACUACCAAAACUCUAAACCAACAACAUUCAUGUUCAUCAGGUUUUUGAAUUUACAACUCCCCACCAUCUAUAAAAAUCUCCAUACACACACAAUCUACAUCAUUCAUCAUCAAUUUUUCAACAAUGAAAACAAUCAUCUUCUUCUCACUUGCAUUCUUCCUGUGCAUCUUCAAGGCCAAUUCAGCUCCCGGUCCUGUGCUGGAUGCUGGCGGAAAACCCCUUCGCUCAGGGGUUGAAUACUACGCCACCCCGACAAGCAUAGAUGGUUUUGACAGCAGCAUCUUACGAGCACCAGUGGGCAACAAGACUUGUCCAGCUGGCGCUGUAGAAUACUACCAAACCGAAGGGGAGGGCCAGACACUUAUUAUCACUCCAGUUGAUCCUAAAAUGGGCGUGAUCCGUCUUUCCACAGAUGUUAACAUAAAAUUCUCGGGUCCGGUGACCCGUUGCCACGAGUCAAAUGUAUGGAAGUUGCAAUACUAUAAAGCGACUAAACAAUAUGUUGUGAUGAUGGGAGGUGUUGAAGGGAACCCGGGACCCGAAACAUUGAACAACUGGUUCAAGAUUGAGAAAGCUGUAGAUGAUUAUAACAGAGAAGUUUAUAAGUUUGUUUACUGCCCGAGUGUCUGCAGCUCCUGUAAGGUUAUGUGCAAGGAUAUUGGAACAUAUCAUGGAAAUUUGGUACUCAGUGGUGAUCCUUUGUUUUUCAACUUCUAUUGAUCGAUCCGUCUUGUCGUUCUAUCGAUGCUUUAAUAAAUAAAUACAUGUAAAGAACAACGAUGUUGUUUGUUUUAGCAAUGUUUGAAUAAGUAUCUAUGUUUUUGUAAUCAAACAAGAUCUACUCAUUGUUUCUCACCAAACUUUAAAUCUUGCUGGCAGAUAAUAAAGUGGCUUU